UUAAAAUUCAACUGCCAUAGUGUCAUCAAUAAACUAUUUCACACCAAAAAUGCGAUUCCCAUUGUUUCACUUAAAUUAUUAUCUCAUACUGUCCUAUGGAUUACUAUAUUUGGCAAAUGUGUGUCUGGGCUCACACUCAUCCCUACGGGUAGAUAACGGCGCUUACAAAGGGUUAGUCAUAGCCAUCAGUCCGGAUAUUGAAGUCAACGGAGAGAAAGAUCAGCUUGAUCUCUUGGAUAAACUCAAGAAUUUAGUCACCGAUGCGUCUAAAGUGUUGUCUGAGACGACUGGCCUAUAUUUCUCGGAAGUGACCAUAAGGGUGCCAAACGGGUGGACCACUACCUCCACCACUACUGUCCAAAUACGUGAUACCGACGCAGAUGUUAUCGUUAUAAACAGAGACUUCGAGCAAUCAUUUUGCAUGCAAUACGCCGGUUGUGGUGAACCCGCACUUCCUAUUACGGUCACCAAAAAGACGGUCACAGAUGGUAACGGCGCUAAACAACUGAUCCACGAGUGGGCGCACUAUCGGUACGGCGUGUUCAACGAGUUUGGCUUCAAGUCGGACCCCAUAUAUCCCGCUUACUAUAGUAUAGCCGGAAAUCCUAACACCAGUGAAAUACUUGUCAACUCGUGCGCCGACAGAGAGUUUAGUUAUAGCACUGAAACGAGAACGGGUAGUAAGUGCGACCUCGACACCAGUAAUACCACGGGAUUACCUACCGAUGACUACUGCCAGCCCAUACUCACCCAAACCAAUAACUUCGAGUCGUCCCUAAUGUUCGCCCAUUCAGUGGAAAGUGUGAAACACUUUUGCGGUGACACACGCUCUGGCGGACAGGGAUCUCAUCGACAUAACAGCAAAUCCCCGAACAAACAAAACGUUUUGUGCGACGGGAGGGACACGUGGACUGUCAUCAAAUCGCACCCCGAUCUCGCCAAUCACCACUUGUAUAGGCAAACAAAUAGGUACGUGCUAUCAAUCGCACAGAUUAUACUAUUAUACGCACACCACUCGAAGUAUAUGCCAUACAUUGACCCCCAAAAUGCUGAGAUAUAA